AACGCGGCUGCGAGGCUGAGGCUGUGCGGCGGUGGCCGGAGCAGUUAGGCCGGCGCACAGAGCGAAGAUGGCGGCGGAGCGACAGGACGCGCUGAGGGAGUUCGUGGCGGUGACUGGGGCCGAAGAGGACCGGGCCCGCUUCUUCCUCGAGUCGGCCGGCUGGGACCUGCAGAUCGCCCUAGCGAGCUUUUAUGAGGAUGGAGGGGACGAAGACAUUGUGACCAUUUCGCAGGCAACCCCCAGUUCAGUGUCCAGAGGCACAGCCCCCAGUGAUAAUAGGGUGACAUCCUUCAGAGACCUCAUUCAUGACCAAGAUGAGGAGGAGGAGGAGGAAGAGGGCCAGAGGAGCAGGUUUUAUGCUGGGGGCUCAGAGAGAAGUGGACAGCAGAUUGUCGGCCCUCCCAGGAAGAAAAGUCCCAACGAGCUGGUGGAUGAUCUCUUUAAAGGUGCCAAGGAACAUGGAGCUGUAGCUGUGGAGCGAGUGACCAAGAGCCCUGGAGAAACCAGUAAACCAAAACCAUUUGCAGGGGGUGGCUAUCGCCUGGGGGCAGCACCGGAGGAAGAGUCUGCCUACGUGGCAGGAGAAAGGAGGCGGCAUUCCGGCCAGGAUGUUCAUGUAGUAUUGAAGCUCUGGAAGAGUGGGUUCAGCCUGGACAAUGGUGAACUCAGAAGCUACCAAGACCCAUCCAAUGCCCAGUUUUUGGAGUCUAUCCGCAGAGGGGAGGUGCCAGCAGAGCUGCGGAGGUUAGCUCACGGUGGGCAGGUGAAUUUGGACAUGGAAGACCAUCGGGAUGAGGAUUUUGUGAAGCCCAAGGGAGCCUUCAAAGCCUUCACUGGAGAGGGUCAGAAACUGGGCAGCACGGCCCCCCAGGUGUUGAAUACCAGCUCUCCGGCCCAACAGGCAGAAAACGAAGCCAAAGCCAGCUCUUCCGUCUCAAUCGACGAGUCACAGCCCACCACAAACAUCCAAAUACGGCUCGCCGACGGCGGGAGGCUGGUGCAGAAGUUCAACCACAGCCACAGGAUCAGCGAUAUCCGACUCUUCAUUGUGGACGCCCGGCCGGCCAUGGCUGCCACCAGCUUUGUCCUCAUGACUACCUUCCCGAACAAAGAGCUGGCUGAUGAGAGCCAGACCCUGAAGGAAGCCAACCUCCUCAACGCCGUCAUCGUGCAGCGGUUAACAUAGCCGCCUGCCUGGCUGGCAGCCUCAUCUCCCUCCUGCGUCCUCCACGGCCAGCUGCCCCGCGGGGACCACCCCUCCCACCCCCCCUCCCACACACCCAGCAGUCCAGUGCCACGUCUCUUCCGUAGCUCUGGGUUAUUAGAUCUCGGUUGGACAUUUGUUUUCUCCUUAGUUGCAUUUCCUGGGUUUUUGUGAACGAUCAAUGGACUUUAAAGAAAAAAAUAAAAAUAACCAAAAAAAUUGAAGAUAUUCCUUCACCAGCAUGUUGUACGGAACCUCUCCCACUGAAGCCGCCUUUGAUUGCUUUAAAAUCACAUUAAUUUCCAGGGUGUGUGGGGAGGAGCCUCCCUUCCAUGAUUGCUGCUUGAAAAUGGCUUGUGGCCCACAACUGCAUCCGCUAGCAUCCACCCACCGUCCCUGAGAUGACUAGUGGAGGGUUCCCCUUUGUUGGGAAGGGAGUCCGGCACUUGAAGAAAGAGGCUUUGUAGCCACUUGCUCCCGAGAACAAACCUCUUGACUGGAUCAAGCUGGGCAGCAGCAGGAGUGCCUGAAGUGUGAGGUUAGAUCUAGAUGCCCACGAGCCCUUCAGGUGUGAAUAAAUACUUCCCUGUGCUCUUUCCACUCAAAUCUUGGGAAAUUCGAGCUCCCUGGACCUGGGACAGUUGGGAUUUUGUUGCCCUCCACCUGCCCCAGUCCUUUCCUCCCCUGUCUGGGCUACUCGCACCCUGAUUUUCUCAGCCGUUCUGCCAUUGCCUUAUUUACUCCGUGUGCAUAGAUCUGUACCUGGGAGACAAGAUAGGGUGUUUUCUCAUUGGGAAGCAGCUCCUGCCAACCCAAGUGAGUGCAGAGUAGAGCUCUCGGCCUAGGAGAGGAAGGGAAUCCGACUGUCCCUGCGCUCUCCACUCACAGCGCAGGGCAAAUCAGAUGGUGACGAAGGGAGGCCUUUCCUGUGCCACGAGCCCCUUCCACUGUGUGAGCAUUUGCAAGAGGCUCCUGCUGAGUCCAUUUCGAGGGCUAGUGCAGCGUCCCCAGCUCUAGUGUGCAGGUCCUGUGCGCAGUUCUCUGCCCUGCCGCCCUCUGACUGUCACAGCACAAGCACGAGCUCCCCCUAAUAAAGGCCUCCUCCCAGCAGUGUGCUUCCUGUGCAAGUUUGGCAGAGGAGGGUCACAGGGGUCUCAGGUGGAAGUCCUUGCACCACCCUAAUAGCUGAACCACAGACUGAAUCAGCACUGACUCAGAGUCUCCUGGUUUUGAAUCAUAAUGUGCCUCAGUCCCCUUCCCAGACACUGCUCACCACACACUUGCUCUUUCCUGCUUCACCCCUGCGGCAAGACAGGAAUACGGCUUCCCAACCCCAGAGCUAGGGAAGGGCUUGGGGUUUCCCCCAGUACCCAUCCUGAGACGGGGAUGUGGCUUGGUAUUUCUGAUCCCAAACUGGCAGGAGCCUGCCAGGGCAGCAAGGUCCUCGGCACGUCUGGCAGGCAGAGGUGACCACGGAAACGAAAUGCAGGUCUGGA